CGACCAGGUGGAAGCAAAACGUAAACAAAAUUUGCUCACUCUAGCAUUUUCCUCCUCGCUACCUCGCUGAAAUUAUUUUCAUGGCUGCCAUGGAACAAAAUGAAGUCAUAUUAAGUGAAGGUAAUGGCCUUCAGAGUACCAAACUUCUCACGGAUAAAAUCAACGCGGUGUGUUACAUCGAGACUGUUCUCAAAGACCCGAUUUCCCGCAAAGAGCGACUAAAGUAGGAUUUCGUUUUAUUGUUAUAAUUAUCGUUUCCUUAGUGGUAUUUUUCAGUACUCUCUUUUAUUCCCAAGACUUUUAAGUUGUGCAUAUUAACUUUAUCUCGAUUCUUCUCAAAUUUUAGGCGAGGUACCGGUUUCCUAUCCAAGCUUAAUAUGCCAAGUGAAAGAGGUUGUGUUGAAAUUUAUGGGGUGUUUACUAAUAACCACGUGCUUGGCUCAAUAAACGAAGCUGAAAAAGCUCACGCCACGUUCGGGUAUGAAGGAUCAGAAGAAGGACAGCAGGUUAAAUUAAAACCAGAAAAAAUGUUUCGUACCAACAAGGUUAGUGCAGUAUGUGCAUGUGAUAUAAUGCGCCGUCCAAUUCUACAAUGAAGCUUCCUAGGCAAUUUCAAAAUUUGGAGGCUAGACGUGCCCGUAUCCUCUCUAUUCUAGCUAUUUUGAGACAAACGUGUCUUUUUUGUUAAUGCAGGACUGAAGAAAUAAAUAAAAUUUGAAACUCCAUUUUUUUAUCGGGUUCCCCCUCCUUCCCCACACCGAUUUUGGUUGUUGCACCAUUUGGAAAUUGCAUUCGAGGAUUUUCAAAAUUUCGUCGGCUUAGAGAAAAUAUUCCUGUAGGCAAUGUCCUAAAGGUUGCUUUCCAUAUGGGAGUUUAAAAUAUAACAAAGGUUCUCUAUUAGGACUAUGAAAUGCAAAUUUAUAGUGACAGGAGAUUUAUCUAAUGAGUUUGACUAAGGAGAAUGUACACUAAUGAUGUAAUGCAGUAAAUUUGGAUUUUGGCUUUCCAGUUGAUUUCACAGUUUCAUCUCCAACUUAGACCAAUCAAUUACAGAAGGUUUCCAUCUUGUGCUAGGCUUGGUUACCAUGGCUAAUUGGAGAGAACCUUAAAUAAACAUUAAUUUUGUUUGUUGAUCAUUUGUUCUCAACCUUCCUCACUUGUGGGUUUCUUGGACUCUUCCAUUUUGACAUAUUUCAAUUGUGCCACAAUUUGAAAUUGAUAGUUUUAUGGAUGAUACAAUCAUUUCUGUGAAAAGAUAUCUGAAAAAUUUUUUCCUUUGGGACCCAGUUUUUGAUGGCCAACUAGUGCUAACCCAAGGUUAAAUUUAUCUGGGUUUCCUUAAUUUCUUUGUUCAAAAGCCUGUUUGGGAUAAUUUUCUCUAUUCUCAUGAGAACAUCCAAUCACAACAUUGUAGACAAAAAAAAUUUCUUUGAAAGCUUUUAGAUCUGACAUAAAAUUUCUCCCUAAUCCUGGGUUAUCUUGACUCAGCUUUGAACAACCCGACUCAGGAGUUAAUCCUAUGCUCUCUGGAUUAGUUUCUUGUUUGCUCCAUCACUUUGCAACGAGGCAUAGCCAUUUCUCUGAAAUUUUUAUAGCUCUUGACAUGCUCUGUUAUCACCUUGUAAAGUUACCAUAGUCAGCAUUUUAGGUAUUUCACAUUGUGCUCAUGAUUAAUUUUGUUGUUGUCAGGAGCUUGACUAUACGUUUGUUGGUGUGGACAAGACAGAUAUUGAUGGUUUGAACCUAACCAUUCAACCUAUACUUAUGGAACCAGAGCCGGAAUUGAAAAAGGGGGAGAAUGUCAUGAUAAUUCAACAUCCAAAAGGACGAUCCAAGCAUUUCUCUCAAGAAAAAAUUUUAAAUGUGGAGAAACCUUUUGUUUUCUAUAAAGCCGAUACUGAGACUGGUUCCUCUGGUUCACCAGUACUGGCCUCUGAGGGACUGGCACUGAUUGCUGUUCAUCACAAAGGAUGUGGAGAACUUAGUUACAAUAAAGGAACAUUGAGCAGUGAAAUUCUGAUGCAUCUGCAGGAAGGAACUUGUAUGUUUCUUAUUUAUUGUACCUUUUCAUUCACCAAGAUUGAUAUCACAGUGAAAUGCUGGCUAUCAUUAGUUGGAAAAAACAAUCUGGGAUGAUAGUGUAUUUCACUGUUUCUUCACCAUCCCAGACUGUGCCAGUAUAUCAGGAAAAUUGCAAACACAUGUGCCCCCAAUUCUACUGAUUGAAUGUUAAACUUUGUGUGACUCUACCCAAGCAAUUUAGAAUUUGUUUGAAGUGGCUUAUUCUGUUUUGUGAAACAAAACUAAACGAAACCAACAAGAUAUAACAAAACUAAAGGAAUAAUGCAGAUGUAUUUUCUAAUAGGGUAAGGAUAACUUUCAUAAGGAUUUUGGAGUAAUCAUCAAUUGAUGAGAAGGAUUUUUAUUUAUUUUGCAAAGUAGUCAUUUCAGAAGAGUUAUUGUUUUGCAAAAUCGACCAUUUUCACCCUGUGGUGACAACUUGACCUCUUUCACGUCAAAAAAAUAUAUUUAAACAUUACAAAUUAAUAUAUCACCAAAGAUUAUGGCCUCCUUAUUUCUUAAACCAUAUUAAAGUACAUUUUGCUAAAUAGUAAUUUUAGGAGAGAUACUAUUUUGCCAAAUGGACUAUUAGUCAAUUUUGCAAAGUAGUACCUCUUCUUAAAUAACUAUGUUGCAAAAUGAAUGAAAUCCUUCUUGUUAAUUCAUGAUUACUCCAAAAUCCUUGUGAAAGUUAUCUUUACCUUAUUACAAAAUAUAUGUGCAUUAUUCCUUUAGUUUUGUUAUAUGUCACCUGGUUUUGUUUUGUUUUGUUUCAUUUUGCAAAAUAGUAUAAGCCGUUUGAAGUAAAAACUAGCAUUACCAAAAUUCUUGACAGCCAAAACUGAAACUUUUAUACACCCUAAAUGAAUACUGACAAGAAUCUGGAACAUGUUGGGGAAAAAAGAAGUGGUUGUGAUUUUUCUGAUUCAUCUCUGACCAUCCUAAAUAAGUAUGGAUGUAUCUGAUUUUUAGUAUCCAUCAGCUAUCAAUGUCUGUUAUGGGAACAACAGUAAAAUUUCUGACUGUCUAAACUUUUUUUGAUAUACCAAAACAAGCCCUUAUUUAGCAUAAAACAAAUUAUCAUUAGAGUCUAUUUUGAAUCAGAAAGCCAUGGGAUCCUUGUAUGCAGACUAUACUUAAUAUUUGUCCUGCUGGGAAGGUUUAAGAAAUAUUUGAUAGGGUGUUAUUUGUUUGGAUAUUUAUUGUUACCAAGAAUUUUAGACUAAAACUUCAGUUGAUGGAGCUAAUUAAUCUGAUAAAGAAUCAUUUUUAAGAAUGAUAUUUAUGCAUGUCCCUUUUCAAGCUAUAUCCUUGCUCAGGCAUAUCUUCUGUGAUUGAUUGAACACAUGGAAAAGAAGUUCUCCUGAGCAUCACCCUCUUUCAUAUUAUUUUUACCUUUGUUGUGAAAUUUUUUACCACUGGCUGGACAAUAAUGAGCUUUUUUCCUUUUAAUGCAGAUACAAAAAUCAGUGACAGCUUCUCAGACAGUCAGGACAAGGAGAUCUUUGAAGGUCAGACAACUUUUUUUAAUAAAACCUUGAGUUCAUCCAUCAUUUCUCCUUUUAGUGAUAUAUUUAUGGUUAUUUUUCAAUUUUCCUGAGAAUUAAAUGUCAUUUCAUGACAUUUUGCCAGCUGUUAAUUUUCUUUAUGCUCAAUGCUGAUCAGCCUGAUACUGUAUUGAUAUUGUAAAGAGAAGCUUUGUUUUGAUUGCUUUUGAGAUUGUGAGGUUUAACUGGUUCAUGAACAUCUUGCCUGUUUUAUUGGAAAAUAGUUGGUCCCUCACCCAAAAAGAUAAAGAUAGACCAAGAAGAUUACAGCAAUCAUGAACAGCCAUCAGAAGAAGUCUUGGCAAACUUAUCUCAAGAAAUUGUCUCUUUCUGGAAGCCUUUGGGGCGAAAGCUGAAAAUCCCAAAUGCCAAACUAGAGGAGAUCCAGGGUGACAAUAUUCAGUACCCUGGAAUAAAGGAAAAAGCUUUUCAAAUGCUUUUAGCCUGGAUUGACCAAGGAAAGACUGCAACAUUUGCUCAUCUUUCAGUGGCACUCCAGAGUCUUGGAAAAAACAGACUGGCAGACAAAUACUGUGGCUCAUCAUGAGUGCAUUUCAUGACAGUUAUAAAGAGAUGUUAAAGUAGUAGCUGAAAUGUCUAGAACAAUAUAUUUUUUAGCCAGUGUCAACUUUUUUUUUUAUUCUUUUUUACCAAAAAGAUGUUGAAGCACUUAGACUGUUAAUUUCAAAAUUAUCUUGUACAAGAUCAAUUUUUUUUACAAGCAUUGCUGUUACAUCUACAUAGGUCUUAUUGCUUUCAUGUUCUUUAAUAUGGUCUUUUUGUAUUGUUUGACUGUAGUUUUCAAAUGUGUAUAUAUGACUGUGAAUACUGUAUGAUAGAGAUCUUAUAGAGAGCUUUUAACAAGAUAUUUAUUGAACCAUCUAUAUUAAAAAUUAUCUGGUUAUGGUGAAAGGCUACAGGGCUGAACAAACAGUUUAUAGGAUCUUGCUACACAUAAACCUUCUAUAUGGGG